GGACGGUGAAGCACUUAGAAAGGUUUUGUUUUUCUACUCAUUUUGCUUGACGAGAUAGUAGCUAGACUACUGUUGGGGAUAAAAACUUCAUGUCCCAGGGAUCUCGGCUCCAGACUCAAUUUAUGAACAAGGAGAAGAUGGCAGCGCCUCCGAGCCAUGCAUGUUCCGCUUUGGAGCGGUCUAUACGCCAGCGCGUUCCUCCACUGCUCACAGACCUUUAUCAGUUUACCAUGGCAUAUGCCUACUGGCGGGUUGGCAGACACAAUGAACCCGCCGUCUUUGAGUUAUUCUUUCGGGACAACCCGUUUAGCGGUGGCUUCUCGCUCUUCUCCGGUCUCCACGACUGCCUGCUGUUCCUCCGAAGUUUUCGGUUCACAGAAGAAGACGUAGCGUACAUGCAGUCGGUUCUCCCCCCUGCCACGGACCCGGCCUUCUUCCACUUCCUGCAUGGCUUGGACUGCUCCGAGGUCACUCUCCGCUCCGUCCCCGAGGGAACCGUGGUCUUUGCCAGAGUGCCACUGAUUGAGAUAUCUGGGCCUCUAGCCGUGGUUCAGCUCCUGGAGACCAGCCUUCUGUGUCUAGUCAACUUUGCCAGCCUGGUGUGCAGUAACGCGGCUCGUUUCCGUCUAGCGGCGGGCCCCAAGAAGAAGCUGCUGGAAAUGGGUCUGAGGAGGGCACAGGGGCCCGACGGAGGCCUCACUGCCUCCCGCUACGCUCACAUCGGAGGUUUUGAUAUGACCAGUAAUGUCCAGGCUGGCUUCCUGUUUGGUGUCCCCAUGGCAGGCACCAUGGCACACUCCUAUGUCACUUCCUUUUCCUCCCUGGAAGAGGUGUGGCCUCAGACGCUGGUGGCGGCUAACGGAGACCCAGACCCCGUCGACCUCAUCUCGCUGACCAAGGGUUGGCUGGGGCGCCUCUGUGAGCUGCUGGGGGCGGAGCCUGGGAAGGUCAGGGAGGGGGAGCUGGCUGCCUUCGUGUCGUACGCCAUCGCCUACCCCCACAACUUCCUGCCUGUGAUUGACAGCUACAGCGUAAGCUGCAGUGGCCUGUUGAACUUCUGUUCCGUGGCCCUGUCUCUGUGCGAGCUGGGCUACCAGCCUCUGGGCACCAGGCUGGACAGCGGCGACCUCUGCAGGCAGUCGGUGGAAGUGCGCCGCAUCUUCCGGCUCUGCGCCGAGCAUUUCUCCCUACCCGCCUUCCAUUCCCUCAUCAUCGUCGGCACCAACAACAUCUCGGAGCUCAGCAUGACGGAGCUGAAUAAGAAGGAGAACGAGAUUGACGUGGUCGGUGUCGGAACGCAUCUAGUCACCUGCACGCGACAGCCGUCACUGGGAUGCGUGUACAAGCUGGUGGAGGUGAAGGGGAGCCCCAAGAUGAAGUUCAGCGAGGACCCAGAGAAGAGCACCCUCCCUGGGAGGAAAGCCGUCUACAGGCUGCUGGACGACGAUGGUCACCCUUUCCUCGACAUGCUGUGCCUGGCCGAGGAGCCCGCCCCCAAAGCGGGCGUGGCCGUGAGGUGUCACCCUCUGGGGCGAGACAAGACCUGUCAGUCUGUCACGGCGGCCCGGGUGACCCAACUGCGCCUGGACGUGUUCGUCGGCGGACAGAUAACAGAGCCCAUGUGCAGUAUCGCGGAGACGAGGGAGAAAGUGCAGGGCUCCAUCCGAACCCUGCACCCCCGUCACAAGAGACUGCAGGAGCCAGACCUGUACACUGUGGCGGUGUCCGAGAAGCUCCACAACUUGAUGGCUGUGAUCCGAAAAGGCAGCGUCAACGAUAGCAACUUCCUGCUGGCUAACUGAGAUUGGGAAAGGGGGGUGGAACCGGGGGAGGGGGGGGGGAAUGGGGGUGAUGGUGGAGGGAGGGGGGGGGUAGGUAGUGGUGGUGGAGGCCUUGAACCCUCCCUCUUUCCCCGUGUGCGCCGACAAACUCUGGACAGGAUGGCCUUUAUCACAGGGAGAGUCUUAUCGCUCGCGUGCGGAGGUCAUAGCCUUCGGGGGUGAAGGCUACGAAGGUCUCCAGAGAUAUAUAUAUAUACGGCUUGCCUAGGCCCAGACCAACCUUUUAACCUAAAGGGGUUCUAUUAUAGGCAACUGGAAAUACCGAAAGGCUGUUGACUGACAAUGGGGAGACAAGUGCGAUCGCGCAGAUCACGUAUAAAUAUCAGUUUCACCAUUCUAAAAGAAAGUGUACCGUUGGAACAUCAUCGUGUAAUGCAGAGCUGUACGAUGCAUGAGAUGUUGAUGCAGUUGCCUUUCGGUAGUGCCUAUAUGCACGAGACAGUUUUGCACACACGGGCAGUUAUGUCAGUUUGAAAAGGCCUUUAUCGUUCUGGAAGUGCUGUCGACGAAGCGAAGGAAAUGUCAGCGAUACCUAUUUUGCUGACGCGCAGAGAACGAGUCGGUCAGCUGGAUCUUAUGGGGUCUCAUAACAUGUUGCCUAUUGUUUUUAGAGUUUGUUUUUAAAUCACGCCUAUUAUGUACGGACUUGUGUUGUAGACAUGUUUUACGUGUGAAUGGGCACACCCCCUCCAACCAGUAGAGAUGCUAACACGAUGAAGCCAUUGUGCGAUAUUGCACCGUUUGUUUGUGAUGUUCCGUUUUUGCAAAUGUGCUUUUAAAUAAAGUACACAGUACUGUCGGACUGUUAUAUUAGUGGAUUAAAGCGGUAACAGGCUCCACUGUGCACACUGCCAACUAAGGAACAAAAGCUAUGUGACGUAUGUUAGUCAAGUGGAGACAGUUGUGUGGUGUUUCUGAAUGUUAACAUGCACAUGAAAGAAAUAAGGAAGGAUUUUCAAGUUCAUCACUUGUCACAGCCAGAGGUCCCUCCUGCCACAAUUCAACUUCUAUUUCCCUCUCAGUAAACGACUUGCCACACAACUGUUUUGUGUUUACGAUCAUAUCCGUUUUAUAGAUCCUGCUUCCCACAGCCUAGUAAGUAUCUUCUAACGUGCAAUGUACAGUGCUUGGUUGUAGUACCUGAAAAGCCAAGCCUGGACCUUCCCGUUGUGAAUAGCUAGUGAAAAACAUCGAAUAAAUGAUGACAUUUUGAUGUCGUUACAUCCAAUUUAUUUUUUACAAAAAACUAUAAUGAUAUAUUUAAGAAAAGGUAGAAGAAGAAAAAAGAAAUAGUGAUCAUUUAAAUAAGAGUUUGAGGCUUGAUCAUGAAAACAGGUCAGGCCUGUUAACGGCAGGCAGAACAGACAUAUUCCUGUCUGUUGGAUUUGAGCACAACACUGAUGGAACCAUCGGAGGUAGUUGUCACAGCCGACCUGAGAUUUUGGAUAAACAUUAAGACAAAUUGAUGGAAUGAUAACGAAUGAUCAAACAUUAGGAUUGGCAAAAACUGUCACUGUCACCUAUAACAAUAUGACUUCUUAUAAAAAGAAAUACCAAUGCUUCAUUAUAAAUGUGUCUCGUGAAAAAGUAUUGUAUUCAAUGCCAGUUUACAAGCUAUUACCCAGUUAGUGUGACCAUCCAGAUUGUCCACUUCCCCGUAUAGUUGGGGGGGGAUCUCUGCAGGUGUGAAAACGUUUUUUGUUGUUGCAACUAGUAUCAAAAGCUUGUUAUGGCACACUUUACAGGGCAUGAGGAGCCACCAAAAUUAGCCUAUUUGGGGGGGUGUCAGAUCCCCAAAAAAUUACGACUUCCAAAAGAGAGCUUUACAAAAAGUGCACAGGUCAAUGAUCGUAAACAACGAGAUAGCCCCAAAAACAUUG